AUGGCUAACAUAAAGGAUGAUCUUGACAUUUAUGAUUAUAUCGUUAUUGGAGGUGGAACAAGUGGUGCAGUUGCAGCUCGACGUUUGGCCGAGGGAAAAGAUCACUACAGUGUGUGUCUUCUCGAAGCUGGUCCUAGUCACGAAGGUUUGGACAACAGUCGAAUGCCUGGUGGUACACCAGCGCUGUUUCAGCAGUGUGAGAUGUUUUGGGGCUACGAUAUGGUUCCCCAAAAAGGAUGUAACAAUCGUGUUCUAGCCGCUUCACGAGGUCGUUUUCUCGGAGGUUGCAGUGGAAUCAAUGGUACAGUGUUUACCCGAGGUGUCAAGGCGGAUUAUGAUCGGGUCGCUGGCAUGGGAAAUCCAGGAUGGAGUUGGAAUGACAUGCUGCCUCACUUUAAAGCAUCUGAAACAUUUCAUCCUGCUGAGUGGCACCAAGCAGACUUGUCUGCUCACGGUACUAGUGGACCCCUGCAUACCGAACCGCAUCCUCUAGCACCUAUCUCCGAAAAAAUUCUCGAAUCAUUUAUCGAUCAAGGCUUUGAAUACAAACCUGAUAUGUUUGUUCAAGGCGAAUACGAAGGUCUGAUAUGCUUAUGUCAUAUUACAAAGUAUUGA